GUCGCUGGGUAAAUAACAAACACCACCCACUUAUUUUGUAGACGGACGUUGGGGAGUCACGAGGAAGUUUAACGUUCAGCGAAGAUCCACCGGGGGAAAAAAAAUAAAUUAAAAAAAUGACACAGACGUGAAAAGGAGAUGACCCGAUGAAACCGUCUUCGCUGAGAGGGUUUCCGAUGAGACACACACGCCUUCUCUGGUAGCCCACCUUGCAGUCGGGGCUCGGCUCGUGGAGGGAAGCUUGUUAGCUGCUAACUAGCCGCCGCCGCAGCAGCAGCAGCUUGCGAGCUAACUACCCGCAAGCUCGUGAGCUAAGUCGCGCGCGCGCGGUGUGUGCGCGUGGGGAAGAAUCUUAACGGCUCCGAAGCGACCGUUGGAAAUCGUCGCGGUUGCUAGCGAAGCUCGUUAUCCGCCUAACUACCCUUCCGCCGCGGCUCGCGAGCUAAGCCGCGCGGUGCGAGUGAAUCUAACGGCUACGAAGCGACCGUUGGAUAUAUAUCCCCCCACCACCCCCCUGGAGGGCUUCGUCGCCACUGACGGUGCCAUUAUCAAACCCCCGGGGCCAGCCGCGUUGCCUCUCCCGCUGCCAUCUUCUCAUUAUCGGCGUGGCGUCUUGCCCUGCACGCCUGCAGCGAUGUACCCCAUUAGCUAACGAACAUAUCACGGUUUUUUUUCGGUGGACAUUUUUUUUUUACGUGGUGCGAGCUGAUUUUUUUUUUUUCCUUUUGGGGGGGGUCUUUCUUCUCGUAUAUUUACUGUACUUUCAUGUCGUGUCACCCGACAGCUAGUCGUCCCUCCAGAAGAACCAGACGCGGAGCAUGCAGGAGGAGAAAAGGCUCCAGAUAAAGUAGACAAGGGGGAGAGGGGGGAAUCGUCGGACACGACAGAGUUAAACCGUGAGUGGGGGGGUUAAUCUACCAACACUAAAAAACAAAGGAGUUUGUAAAAAAAACCAACAAAAAAAAAAAGAAUAAAAAAAAAAAAAAAGAGGGAGGAUGAAGAAGUUUUCCAGGAUGCCGAAAUCCGAGAGUGGCGGGCUCGGCGGAGGGGCGUCCGGGUCCAGCUCCGGAGUCACCAGCUACUUCGGGAAAGUGUUUGCAGUCGGCCGCUACCAAGUCACCGUGGAUGAGCUCAUUGCAGAGGGAGGCUUCUCGGUGGUGUUUCUGGCUCGUACGCACAGCGGCGUCCGCUGCGCUCUCAAGCGGAUGUACGUCAACAACGUCCCGGACCUCAACGUCUACAAGAGGGAGAUCACCAUCAUGAAGGAGCUGUCGGGCCACAAGAACAUCGUCGGCUACCUGGACUCCACAAUCAACGCGUUGUCGGACAGCGUGUGGGAGGUCCUGAUCCUCAUGGAAUACUGUAAAGAGGGCCAGGUGGUGAAGCAGAUGAACCAGCGGUUGAAUGUGGGCUUCAGCGAGGCCGAGGUCCUCCACAUCUUCUGUGACACCUGCGAGGCCGUGGCCCGCCUGCAUCAAUGCAAGACGCCCGUCAUCCACCGAGACCUCAAGGUUGAGAACAUCCUGCUGAACGACCAGGGGAACUACGUGCUGUGUGACUUCGGCAGCUCCACGCACAAGAUCCUGCUGCCGCACAAAGACGGCGUGGCCGCCGUGGAGGACGAGAUUAAGAAGUACACGACCCUUUCAUAUCGGUCGCCGGAGAUGAUUAACUUGUACGCAGGGAAAGCCAUCACCACUAAGGCUGAUAUAUGGGCACUUGGAUGCUUGUUGUACAAGCUGUGUUUCUUCACACUUCCUUUUGGGGAGAGUCAAGUCGCCAUUUGUGACGGAACCUUUAUCGUUCCAGAUAACUCCAAAUUAUCCUUCAACCUGCACUGUUUGAUCAGAUACAUGCUCGAACCGGAGCCGGAGAAGAGACCCGACAUUUACCAAGUGUCCUACUUUGCCUUCAAAUUAGCAGGAAAAGAAUGCCCGGUGCCAAAUCUCUUCGACUCUCCCAUCCCGACGUCGCUUCCAGAGCCCCUCACCGCGAGUGAGGUCGCUGCUCAGAAAAGCAUGACGAAAGCCAGGAUAACGGACGACGUCGGCCCGACGGAAACCUCGAUAGCUCCCCGACAGCGGCCAAAAGCGGCGAACAGCAACGUGCUGCCGCUCGCCAACACCGUCACGCCCGUCAAGACGACCGCGCAGUCGGCGCCCGUCAGCAACGGCCAGAAAGCUCCCACCCCCGGCUCCGGGCAGCCCUCCAUGCAGCCGCAGCCCAGCAGUCAGCAGCACCGCGUCCUGCAGCAGCUCCAUUCUGGUGACCUGCGCCUGCAGCAGCUCCAGCAGCAGCAGCAGCACCAGCAGCAGCAGCAGCAACAAGCGGCGCAGCAGCAACAUGUGACCGCGCAGCAACUCCAAUACCUCCAGUACCAACAGGCUGUGCAGCAGUCCCUGCAGCUUCAGCAGCAGCAGCAGCAGCACCAGGCUCUCCUCCAGCAUCAGCAGCACCAAGCUCUCCUGCACCAUCAGCAGCAGCAGCAGCAGCUGAUGAUGCAGCAGCCGUUGUACCAGCAGCAGCUGGCCCAGGCCCAGGCCCAGGCCCAGGCUCAGGCCCAGGCCCAGUACGCCGCCAUGCUGCACCACUACCAACAGGCUUUUGUCCAGCAGCAGCAACAGCAGCAUCAUCAACAACAACAACAACAACAACAACAACAUCAUCAUCAUCUCCAGCAGCAGCAGCAUCACCUACAGCAGCAUCACCCCGCUCAGCAGUCUCUCCCGUACAUGUCCUCCCCUCUUGAGUUCCAGAUGCCACUGGGCUCCUACAGCGCCACCAGUGCCCGAGCUCCAGCUGGGCAGCCUACGGACGCCUCCUACAACAACCCCAGAAAUGCUCUGCUCGCGUCCGACGGGUUCACGCCGCCGCCCUCUCAGAGCGGCCACGGCGCGCUCGGCCAUCCGCCCGACAUGUCGCGCUGGAACCCGUUUGGAGAGGACAACUUCUCCAGGUUGACCGAGGAGGAGCUGAUCGACCGGGAGUUUGACAUGCUGAGAGCAAAUCAGGCAGAGGAGAGGACCGCUAGCCUGGAAGCGGACCGCCCGACGCCGGAGGACCUGUUCGGCUCCGCCCCCUUUGUGGCCGGCGCAGCAGGUACCGAAGCGUUGAAGACCGAGCCGACCAAUGAGGAAGUCGGCGUUGCCGCCCUCGUCUCAACCCCCGAGAGUCCAGAGCCGGUGGCGGUCGUGGCCAAGGAGCACAAACCAGGCCGAAAGAGCCACCGCGGACCCGGCGAAGAGUCCGACAGUGACUUUGAGUCCGACCCGCCUUCGUCAAAAAGCAGCGAGGACGAAGAGGCGGAGGAGGAAGAAAGGCUGAACAGCGAGCACGGGGAAGACACCGAGCCGGAGAAUAUAGGACAGAGGCCUCUGCUGAUGGACUCCGAGGAGGACGAGGACAAGCACAGCUCGGACUCGGACUACGACCCCAGCAGGGUCAAGAACCGCUCGAGGAAAGCCCCGGCCGGUAGGAUGAGCCCCCGGGAGGAUUCGGCCAUGGCGCUGAUCACCCCUCCGGAGUCACCCAGCGGAGCGAGAGCCGCUCCGGCUGUGGAUCCCGUGGAUGUCUUUGGUGCCGUUCCCUUCCUCGGAGGGACCUCGCCCGUCGGGCCUUCGGUGAGCUCGGACAUCUUCGCCAAAGCGCCUUUCAGGCAAGUCGAGCAGCGAGCCGCGGACGAGUUUGACGUUUUCACCAAGGCGCCGUUCAACCGGAACCUCUCCAAGUCGGGCAAGAGCGGCGUCGACGUCCCCUUGGGCCAAACGCCGCCCAUCUCCCCCGAGGGCAUCGACGCGUUCGGCUUCUCCCCCUUCCAGCCGGGCCCCGCCGAGCCGCCUGCCGCCACCUCCAGGAGCGCCGAGGACAUCUUCCAGCCGUCCUUGGAGGAGUCGGCCAGCCCGCAGCAGCAGCGGCUGAAGCAGCGCAGCCUCCAGCGGCUGUCGUCGCGCCAGAGGAAAACCAAGCAGGAGGCCGCGGCCGGCGGCGGCAAGCGCCACCACGGCACGCCGACCGGCGGGCGCAAGACCGGCAAGCCGACCUACCGCACGCCGGAGCGAGUGCGCAGGCACAAGAAGGUCGGACGGAGGGACUCGCAGAGCAGCAACGAGUUCCUCAGCGCCUCGGACUCCAAAGAGAACAUCGGCGUGGAUGUCACUAUGGCGGAAGGGAAGGACGAGGGAGCUUCCCUGCUGGCGGACGAGGCCCUUUUGGACCCGUUCGGCGCCGAGCCUUUCCAACCUCCGGACGGCAGCCGGUACCGGGGACUCGCCGAAAGCCAAAGCGACCCGGGCGCCGCCAACGGAAGGUCCUGGUCGGGCUCCCUUCCCGGCGCUCUCGGCGACGACAGCAUGGAUGAUUUCGGGGCGGUGCCCUUCACAGAAAUGGUCGUCCACAGCGAACCGGAGGAGCCGGCGCCGGCGCCCUCACAGCCGCUGGACCUCGACCCGUUCGGAGCGGCGCCUUUUCCCACCAAGCAGUGACUUGUGCUUGCGGCCUUCCCUCCCUCUGCCGGUCGCGGUUAGAUAACCUCCUGGUUGUUUUUUUUGGUUAGUUUUUUUAUUUUCGGGGGCAUGGAGAAGCCAACCACCGCAGUGACCACGUGUCUCUGAGCUGAGAAAGCCUUUGACGCUGCAUCCUGAACCGGAUCGGAGAGGCUCUUCACUCGCCUUCUGAUCUCCCGAUAGGUUUGUUUUUUUUAAGCACCACGAAGCCUUACCUGAGCUGCACCGCCUCGGAGACCACGUCGGCCUUUUUCAUGGCGCGGGAAUCGAUCGGUCGACCUUAACCACUUUUUAAUCCUUACUACUUUUCUCUAUGCAUAAUUCCAGCGCAGUCGAACGAGACUCCGAAGGGUUUUCUUUUACUUCUUACUGUUAAUUCAUUAUUUUAUUGAGUUAUGAACUCGUAACACUCUGUCUCUGCCCCCAUUGGUUCCUACAUCAAGAGCUGUAGCCUAGCUUAGCAUUAAGAUAGAGGUAAAUGGCUAACCUGGCUCCGCCCCAAAUGUACCAAAAUAUGCCCACCUGUAGCUCACUAAUUAGUCUAACAUUUGUUGAUUUUCGUAAGAUAUAUAUAUAUAUAUCUCCAUUUGUUGGGGACUAUUUUCAGCGGCGGAUUGAUACACAUUUGGUCCAAAUAAACUAGAAAGAAAAAUAAGAAACGUCGACGACCUUCAGCGCUGCUUUGACCGGUCGUUUGGAUUAAACCUGCAGGCUCGCUGCGUAUUUCACCGUUUGAUACAACUUUCCCUCUUUGUUUUUUUUUUCUCCACAUUGUAUUUAUCAUGCUCUAUACUGCUGUUUGAUGCAAUAAAAUAAAUGAAAUAAAAACAGUCGUCUCUCGAGGGAAA